AUGUCUUGCAAAGAGAACACCCCUAUCAAUAAUACUACCAAGGAGACAACCAUCCCUGUCAUCGAUACCAGCCAUGGAGACAGAUCCUCAGCCGACCGUGUCGGCAACACACUCGCCAACUUGAUGGGACCUCUGACAAGCUGGCUUACCAACGCAUCCAGCCCACGCCCAGUUUCAGCCAAGGGUCGUCACUCUACUGAGGUCACUCCUCGUAGAGACGAAGAGACAGCUUCCAACCCACAGAACCACAAGCUCGACCCAGAGACCUCAAACCAAGACGACCAGCCCAUUCAAAGUGAUGAAGAGCUGAGCGAAGUUAGUUCGGCAUAUGUCGCUUCCGACGAAGGCGACGACGACUACGAGUUCACAUACGAAGACGACGACGAUGACUUGCCCAUCGACAGCGACCCUUUCUUUGGCGAUACACCAACCAAGCUACGAAGACCCCGCCAGUCAGACCAGCCGACUGAAGAGCAGUUGGAGGCCAUCAGAAAAGUCUUGGAAGAGGACAAGGCAAAAGAGGCUAGCAAAAUGGCCUCUAUCCGCAAGAACAAUCCGCCCGAUCUCAUUGUGGUUCCUCACCCUUUACUCAAGGAUCAGAACGACAACGCCACGGAGAUGUUGAUGAGCAUUAGAUCUUCCUUUGGUGGAGACGUCUUCCAUAUCAUUGGUUUGAACGAGCCGCUGCUCGAGAUGAAGUUGAAGUUCUUACAGGACUUCGACUUGCCCCUGGAAGAGCUCCACGAGCUUGAGUUCUUGUGCGGGUACUAUGUCAUCCAGGAUGAUGACACUGUACAGAAGCUCGAGAUUGGAACCGAAUCGAUCAUCUACUGCCAGAAAAUUGAAGCUAUGCGCUACGACCUUUCUCCAGAGCCAGCCGCCAUUCCAGAGCUUGUCCCCUGUGUGUACGGAGAGGAGGCAGAUGCGUUAAACUCUGCCAGCGUGCACGAAGAGGAAGCGAUGCGCCAAACUCCCCAGACUGGUGAGGGUGUAGAUGCUGCCACAUCAACCGGCAUGCACGGAAGUCGUUUGGCGCUUAUUUGA